AUGAAAAAGAAAUUAUGUUAUGUUACCAAUAACUAUGAUUAGGAGUGGAAGAAAAAAAGGAAAGCACUAGCGAAAAAAUAUCAUAAGAAUUGCCAGAUGAGCAAGUCGUUGUUCGUAAAUUUAGUGACCUAAAUUAAUCUUCAAACUAAGCUUGUUUGGUCUUGAAUAUUGAGUAUAUAUGAAUUAAAAUUCAAAUCAACGAUGAAAAGCAGCUUCGAAGAAAUCUGUAAAAAUUUUAAAUUUAUAUCUUAGUUAUAAAAAUAUAAUAUUAUCAGGAGGUAAUGAAAUUUUUCCAGAAUUGGCAGAAAAAAUGAGCAAAGAAUUAAAGUUCCUUUCUCCAUAACCAAUUAAAAUACUAGUUGUUGUCUUACCUGAUAGAAAAUCCUCAAUUGUAUUGAUGGAUCAAUCAUAUCAUCAUUGUCAACAUUCCAAACCAUGUGAAUCACAAGAGAUGAAAAAAAGAAAACGUUUAACUAUUGUUCGUAGAAAAUGCUUUUUUGUGAGAUACACAUUAAUUACUUCAAUUAAUUUAAGUUUUCCUUUUUUAAUUCCUAAUUUAUGUUUCACAUAGAAAUUAAUAUUAGUUUUUCCCUUAAAUAUUUUUAUAAAAAUGCAUACCUUAACUUAAAAGUUAGUUUUCCAGAAUAUUAAUCAAAGAAUUAAUAUAAAAUUUAGAAUUGAAUUUAAAAGUGUAUUAUUAGAUUUUGGAAAUCGAAUUUAAACAAUACAGAAUGCUUUAUGA